AUGACCGUCACCGCUGUAUCUAUGGCCCGGGACGCGCCAGACGCGUCGUCCGAUCUGGAGUCGGAAUGCCAGCUGCACAACUUGAGCCAUGGCCCAAACCCUCUAACAGGCAUACCACGGUUUGACUCCUUUGCUGAGCACCGCAAGCAUAUUUUGGUGCAUAUGGCAGCGGUGUUCCGCAACUGGGCGCGCGUUGGAUUUACCGAAGGGAUCUCCGGUCAUAUAAGUGUACGCGACCCAGAGCACGCGGAAUAUAUUUGGAUGAACCCAAUUGGGAAGCACUUUGGCCUGUUAACCGCGGGCGAUAUGCUGUGUCUAGAUAUCAAGACAGGAGCCGUGGUCGGCGGAAACCGAAAUCGACCCGUCAAUACUCCUGGCUUCUUCAUUCACUCAGAGAUUCACCAAGCACGCACUGACAUUCACUCAAUUUGCCAUGCGCAUACCAUUGCCGGGCGGGCGUGGGCGACCUUUGGCCAGCCCCUGGAUAUGAUUACACAGGACGUGUGUGACCUGUACGGGGUGCUAGCCGUGAGUCAGGAGUACGGGGGAAUCGUCACGGCCCAGCAGGAAGGGCAGCAGAUUGCAAAGGCACUGGGCAGUAAGGGUAAGGCCGCGGUACUGCUAAACCAUGGCCUCUUGAGUGUUGGCUCGACCGUGGACGAGGCCUCGUUUCUCUUCACGCUGCUCGACCGCAGUUGUCAGAUCCAGUUGCAGGUAGAAGCAGCCUGUGCAGGGAACCCGGCACUGAAGAAGCAUAUCAUCCCCAAUCAGCUGGCCCAGUUCAACUUUGACAUGGCGGGCCAGAAGGACUGGUUGUAUGCAGAGGCGCAGCCAGACAUUGAGUAUGAGAUUGCUAUGGCGGGUGAUGCGAUUAUGAACGGUUUGGACCAGGACUUCGUAUCAAAUCCCAAAAAACCGGGCCAGCAGCCGUUUGAUAUCUAA